AUGGUGCGCCCCGGCGGGCCGUGCCGCCUGCUGCUGCUGCUCCUUCUGCUGCUGCUGCUGCUGCUGCAGGGCUCCCUCCUCCUGCUGGCCACAGCCCGGCUCGGCCGCGCCGCCGCCUGCCCACUCCGCAGAAAGCAAAAUGAGCUGAACUCCUUCCUCUGGACAAUCAAGAGAGAUCCCCCAUCUUAUUUCUUUGGCACCAUCCAUGUCCCAUACACACGUGUCUGGGAUUUUAUCCCAGAGAACUCCAAGAAAGCCUUCCAGCAGAGCCACAUCGUGUACUUUGAGCUGGAUCUCACUGACCCCUACACCAUCUCAGCUCUCACCAGCUGCCAACUCCUGCCACAGGGAAAGAACCUCCAAGAUGUGCUGCCCCGAGACAUCUACCGCCGGCUGAAGCGGCACCUGGAGUAUGUCAAGCUCAUGAUGCCAUCCUGGAUGACCCCAGACCAGCGGGGCAAAGGGCUGUAUGCAGACUAUCUCUUCAAUGCCAUUGCUGGCAACUGGGAGCAGAAGAGGCCAGUCUGGGUGAUGCUGAUGGUGAACUCCCUGACAGAGGUAGACAUCAAGUCACGAGGCGUCCCCGUCCUGGAUCUGUUCCUGGCGCAGGAAGCAGAGCGGCUGAGGAAGCAGACAGGCGCUGUGGAGAAAGUAGAAGAGCAGUGCCACCCACUCAAUGGGCUGAACUUCUCCCAGGUGGUCUUUGCUUUGAAUCAGACUCUCUUGCAGCAGGAGAGCCUCCGAGCAGGGAGUUUCCAGAUCCCCUUUACGACAGAAGACCUUAUCAAGCAUUACAACUGUGGGGACCUCAGCUCCAUCAUCUUCAACCAUGACACUUCUCAAGUUCCAAAUUUCAUUAAUGCUACACUUCCAGCCCAUGAGCGCAUUACUGCCCAAGAAAUAGACAGCUACUUCCGUCAGGAGCUCAUCUACAAACGAAAUGAGCGAAUGGGCAGGAGGGUGAAGGACCUGCUGGAAGAGCAGCCAGACAAGAGUUUCUUCUUUGCAUUUGGAGCUGGUCACUUCAUGGGCAACAACACAGUGAUUGAUGUUUUGAGGAGAGAAGGGUACGAGGUAGAGCACACUCCAGCUGGACAAGCCAUCAACAAGUAA